UGGCGGGCGGGUACUUAAGGCGCGGCCACAGCGGCUGCGGCAGUGCGCCCAACAGCGAACUCUGAGAGACCAGCGGAUCUCGGCAAAACCUCUCUCUCGACCACCAGCCUACCGCGCUUGGAACCAUGGCGGCAGUGGCGGCAGCCUCGGCUGAACUGCUCAUCAUCGGCUGGUACAUUUUCCGCGUGCUGCUGCAGGUGUUCCUGGAAUGCUGCAUUUACUGGGUAGGAUUCGCUUUUCGAAAUCCUCCAGGGACACAGCCCAUUGCAAGAAGUGUUCAGGUACUCCCUGCAGAAGCUGGCGUACACCGUGUCGCGGACCGGGCGGCAGGUGUUGGGGGAGCGCAGGCAGCGGGCCCCCAACUGAGGCCCCAGCUCCCAGCCCUGGGCGGCCGUAUCAUCAGGUGCUCCUGUGCAUCUCCACCAGCACGGGAGCCAGUGCCGCGCAGGAAUGGGGGGUCCCCUGUGCUCCCUCGCCAGAGGAGCACUUGGCAAGGUCAGUGAGGGGCCAGUAGGCCCCCAGAGAAGCAGUACUGACAAUGACGAAGAUACCAGAUCCCUUCCCAACCCCUUUGCCCGGUCACACCAAGGGGCAGGGUCGGGGGGAUGGGGGGAGCAGACCCCUGAGAUCUGGGCAUAGGCACUGCAUUCUGAUCUGGACAAAGUCGGGACAGCACCAUCCCAGCCCCGAAGCCAGGGCCAUGCCAGCAGGCCCCACCAUGGAAAUCCAAACACCACACCAGCCAGCAGAAUGGACAUUGUGACAUCGCCAGCCGAAGCCCUGAAUCUUGGUGCAGCACUAACCACGUGCCUGUGUGGCGGGACUGGAGGGCACAGUUGAGGAAGGAGGGGGUUAAGAAAUACAGUGGGGCCCUCUCACUGUCCUUUGCCUAGGGCACCUGCAUUCCAGCCUUGCUGCAUUUGCUCCCUCUAUUCCCCUUUCCCUCUGUCUCCCAAGCCCACCCUACUCCAAAGUAAUGUGUCACUUGAUUUAGAACUAUUCAAGAAGCAAAAGUAAAUGAAUCCCAUCUUUACUAAAACGCCUUCUCUGAACCCCGCCGCCCCUCACUGAUCUUGCUUUUCCCUGGUCUCACGCAGUUGUGGUAAAUAUUGUGGUAAUCGCUAAUUGUACUGAUUGUUUAAGUGUGCAUUAGUUGUGUCUCCCCAGCUAGAUUGUAAGCUCCUGGAGGACAGGGACCACCUCUACAAAAAAUAAAAAAAAGUACCUCCCCUGUCUCGCACAGUGUCCCAGGACCCUGCGGGGCAGUGGAGGCGCACCAAAA